GAUCCAGAUGCCGACGAUGUCGAGUAUGCCGAUCAAACGAGCGAGAUCGAUCAGCAAGAUCAAGCUCUCGAUGUUGAGAUGGAAGAUGCUGAGAGUUCGACGGACGACGGUGAGGACGCUGGACUGGUCGCUGAUGCGGAUGUGCCUAUUGAGGAUCUUUUGAAGCGAUACGGGUAUACCUUGCCGGAACCCGAAGCUGAACAGCCUAGUGUUGAUAUCGAAAUCAAGCCUGCUACUCAUGAAGCUCAAGACACUUCCAUAGUGGCCGAAAUAACGAACGGCGAUAUCAUCGUUGACCAAUCUUUGACCGACGAAGUCUUGGCCAAGAAGUCACCGACUCCAGGGUUGAUCAUCGAAGGUAAGCGACAACGACGCGCUAGAGCCGUUUGGUCUCCGACGGCUGUCCCUCCUCCACCACCCCCACCUCCAAGUCGGCCGAAGGUUGUUGUAAUCAAGGAUGACGAAGAGGUGGAAGAGGACGGGCAAGAGGAAGCGGAAGAGCACGAGGAUACGCCGGAGAUGACGAGUGAAGAGGAGAUCACCGACGAUGAGGAUGAAAUGGAAGUGGAUGAGGAUGAGAUUCAUCAUGUUCGCCAACCUAUCCUCCUUCGAGGAACAUUGCGCCCAUAUCAACAAGCGGGUCUCGAGUGGCUAGCCAGUCUCUACGCCAAUAACAUGAACGGUAUUCUCGCUGAUGAGAUGGGUCUCGGAAAAACCAUUCAGACCAUCGCUCUUCUAGGUCAUCUGGCUUGUGAUAAAGGUGUUUGGGGACAACACUUAAUUAUCGUACCCACUUCCGUCAUACUCAAUUGGGAAAUGGAAUUCAAGAAGUUUUUCCCCGGUAUGAAAGUUUUGACUUACUACGGAAAUCAAAAAGAACGUAAAGAUAAACGUGUAGGUUGGCAUACCGAAAAUGCUUGGCAAGUCUGUAUCACAUCGUAUCAAAUCGUUCUUGCCGAUCAACAUAUUUUCCGUCGAAAGAGUUGGGUUUAUAUGAUAUUGGACGAAGCGCAUAACAUCAAGAACUUUCGUUCACAGAGAUGGCAAACUUUACUUGGGUUUAAAGCUCAGAGAAGGUUGUUAUUGACGGGUACUCCGUUGCAAAAUAAUUUGAUGGAAUUAUGGUCAUUGUUAUAUUUCUUAAUGCCGAAUGGAGUUACGGCGGACGCUACGGCAGUUGUAGGGUUCGCUAAUCAUAAAGAGUUUAUGGAGUGGUUUUCAAAUCCCAUGGACAAAGCCGUUGAAUCUGGCGAUACAUUGGACGAAGGUAUACUUGAAACCGUAGCUAAACUACAUACUCUUCUCCGUCCGUUCAUCCUCCGUCGAUUGAAGAGUGAAGUCGAAACUCAACUUCCUGGGAAAUUCGAACAUGUCGUAUAUUGCAAACUUUCCAAACGUCAACGAUUCUUAUACGAUGAAUUCAUGUCACGGGCAUCUACCAAAGAAGCUCUUACUUCGGGUGGUUAUCUCGGAGUUGUCAAUACUUUGAUGCAGUUGAGGAAAGUUUGUAAUCACCCGGAUUUAUUCGAAGUCAGACCAGUACGAACGAGCUUCGCCAUGGAACGUUCAGUGGUAGCGGAUUACGAACCCUGUGAAUUACUCAUACGUCGUCGUUUGUUGUCCCAAAUGGAUGAAGUGGAUCUACAAGAUUUCCUCGUUACGUCUCGUGAAGGAGAAUCCGCUUGGGUUUGUCGAACGAGAAGGGAACUCGAUGCGAGUGACCGAUUACCUCAUGCUAUCGAAUUACCUCGGAGAGGAAAACAACCUCAAGGUCCCAAAAUGGAUACAAGGACUUUGGAAGGAUGGUUAAGAUAUAAAUCUCAUUUAGAAGAACAAGCUAGUAAAAUUCGAUGGAGAUCUUUAAGAGAUAUCAAUCAAAUACGUUGUCGACGUUCACCUAUUUAUGGUACAACACUAUUAUCACGUUUAUCCGAUUUAUCAAAUUUUCUACUUCCUUCCAAUAUCCCAAAACGUCGACCUAAAGAUAUGUUCGGUGAUCAUCAUCCUCCAGUUUCAUCUUUAGUUAUAUCAUACGAAGAUCGAGCUAAACAAAUGAUACCUAUCACGGAGAAAUAUGCCGUUAUACCACCAACAGUCGUUACUCGAGAUAUGACUAAAUAUUCUCUUCCAGGAUUAAAACCAAUUUCCCAUCCUGAAAUCUUAUCACCUUCAUUCGAUACUUUACAUCAUUCAGCAGUCAAGUUACAAAUCGCUUUUCCAGAUUCUUCCUUGUUACAAUACGAUUGUGGUAAACUUCAAAAACUCUACGAAAUGUUACGUCAACUGAAAAUCAAUGGUCAUCGUAUAAUCAUUUUCACUCAAAUGACACGUGUAUUAGAUAUCUUGGAAAUGUUCUUAUCAUAUAAUGGUCAUCGAUAUUUACGUUUAGACGGUUCAACGAAAAUUGAAGAUCGUCAAAUUUUAACUGAAAGGUUUAAUAGUGAUUCAAGAAUAUUCGUUUUUAUAGCUUCUUCAAGAUCAGGUGGUGUUGGUAUUAAUUUGACUGGAGCAGAUACUGUUUUCUUUUAUGAUUCAGAUUGGAAUCCUUCUAUGGAUAGACAAUGUAUGGAUAGAGCACAUAGGAUUGGUCAAACUCGUGAAGUUAAUAUUUAUAGAUUCGUUUCUAGUCAUACGGUAGAAGAGAACAUGUUAAAGAAAGCUAAUCAAAAACGUUUAUUGGAUAAAAUGGUCAUACAACAAGGUGAUUUCACUACGGAAUUCUUUGGGAAGAUGGAUUGGAGAGAUAUGUUGGAUGAGAAUGAACAUUCUAUUCCGGUUGAAACCAAUGGAGAAAGAGAAGAAAGAGAGGAAGGUGUGGUGGAUAUUGAGAUUGAAAAAGAUUCAUUGGAUGGAGAAGAGGGAAAUAUGAAUCCGAGGAUCGGAGAAGAAAAGGAAUUGGUAAAAGUUUUAGAAGAAGUGGAAGAUGUUGAAGAUGCAGAAGCGGCAAGAUUAGCUCAAGGAGAAGUAGAAUUGGAUUUUCAAGAAUUUACAGAAAGUCGACAAAUGGUUAAAUCUAAAUCGCCAAAUUUACAACGAGGGUUAUCUCAGGUUACGCAGUUAGGGAAUGAAAAACAGGAGCAAGAGGAGGAGGAGGAGGAUGUGGGUGGAGUUGAUGAGUAUAUGUUAAAGAUGGUGGAAUGGGAUUGGGAAUGGUUUUCUCAAUUUAAA